AAAGAAAAAGAAAAAGAGCCUAAGUCUCAAAGAAGAGGGGAUUGGAGAGGUGUCGCGACGCCGUCUGCUGGAGGAGAGACCGCGCCGGAGAGCCGCCAUCUGCUGCCGCCGGAGAGUCCCGCACCGCCGUCGCUGCUGGGAGAUAAAUCGUUGCCGUCGAUCGCGGUCCGCCAUUCGGACGUUGCAGGGAGUUGACGCCGUCGACGACGUUUGCCGGAAGCCGCCGCACGCUAAUCUGUAUCGCCGCAGCCGGAGUGGGUCGUGCAAUAGGGAGGUUCUUUGGCGAUUCCGUUCAGAUCCAGAUUUGGAUUCGACACAAAUCUAAGCGUUGAGGUGCAAAGGUUUUAACCAUCGCUACAAGCCUUUAAAUUUGGAGGAUCUUGAAAUUGCUCUUGCUCUGGAUCUCUAAUCAGAUCAAAUCAAUGGCGUUUGAUGUGCAUAUGUUUGAAUCUUUGGAACCUUCUCGUUUCGUAUCCUUCUCUUUCCCGAACCCCUGUGACUCUCAAUCUUACCUCCGAGUCGCUGUUCUCGAUUCACCGAUUGAAUCCACUGGUUCGCUUUCGGUGGCCGCGAUGUUCGUUCCGCCGGGCCGAGAAACCGACUGGAUUUUUUCCACCGAGUCCGGCCACUAUCAGCUUCUGUUCAACUCGCCUGGAAUUUUGCGUCUGAUUCUAGUCGGAGAUCAACAAUCCCCGGUCGACGAUGAUGCGUUGAUGAUCUACAAUCGUUCGUCGGACGAGGAUUUGGCUUCGAUCUGGAUUAGACUGGAGGUAAGCUUGCGCCCUAUUUUUCUUGCUUUAUCUCCCAAAUCUUGUUUCAGAACUGGAAUUCCUGAAGUACCGAUCCUAAGUUACGUCGAUAACGUGAUGUGUAGUGUAGUUUUAGAGCGAUGCAUCGGUUCUUACGUCGGUGAAUUCCUAAUCGAGGAUGUGGAAAUCGAGAGAGAAUCGAGGACGGAAAUGUUCGAAACUAGGGAAUUCAGGAGGCGUUUAAGAUUCAGGACAAUGCCGAACUUUAUCCAAACAGAAAUUCGUAUAAUCCCCGAGACUAAUCUAAAUCAAGAAGGCGUUGAAAUCCAAAAUAUCGAGUUCAAACCAGAUACUAGGGUUCUUGUUCAUCCUUACUUACCUCCAAUGGCGGCGAGCCUCUCAUUGAUCGAUUCCUCCAUUGACGGAAAGAUUCAAAUUGGCCAUAAACCUAAAGCCUUAUGUGUUGGAGUUGGGGGCGGGGCUCUUCUUUCCUUCCUUGUAACGCAUUUGGAUUUUGAGGUGGUCGGUGUGGAGAUCGACAUGGAGGUUCUCAGAGUCGCCCGCCAGUAUUUCGGAUUAGCAGAGAACGAAUUUCUUCACAUUUCCAUUGGAGACGCCAUUGAAUUCCUUGAAAACACUUCAAAAUCAGUCAAGAAACAGAAGCCUGGAUAUGAUGUGAUCAUGGUUGAUUUGGAUUCGAGCGAUGCUCGAAACAGCGGCAUUGUCGCUCCGCCGUUGGAGUUUGUAGGGAGAGAUGUUCUCUUGAGUGUUAGAUCAGUUCUUUCUGAACAUGGAAUUGUUGUAAUGAAUGUGAUUCCUCCUGACAAGUUGUUCUUUGAGAACUUGAUUGAAAAAUUCAGAUCAGUUUUUGAUGAUUUGUUCCAGAUUGAUGUUGAUAAUGGUGAAAACUUUGUUGUUAUUGGUUCUGUUUGUCCAAUAAGGUCUCUUCCUCGUGUUAUUAGAGAGAACAAGAACAGCUUUUUGUGUAGACUGAGAUUUCUCCUCUCAGGAGCAUACAUGGACUCCAUAAAAAGGAUUUGAGUUUUCUUGAGAAUUCAAUCAGAUUUAAGAAGAAUGGACAACAAGGUUUAUGGGAAGAUUUUACAGAGACCCCAUUCAUCGUUUUCUGUGUAGAGUUUACAUUGACAGCAACUCGAACCCGAACCCACUUGGCCCGGUUCGGAGUUGUCAGGAGAGAUCUUUGGAGGUGUUUGGAACUGUAUAUUUGGUCAGAGAGUUUCUACUAUUACAAAGGGUUGAGUCUCGAGAUGAAGAAGUUCUUAUAUUUUCGAAAGGUUUAUUUUGGUUGGUAUACUUUUUA